GAGAUGCUAGCAACUGCACACUGACAGUGACAGGGAAUCACAAAGGAAUACGCGCUGUUCAAGAUAUCCGGCUUCCCACCGACUAACCACGGAGUAGAGUUGCGCUAGAUCUUAACUUUAUAUCUGUGUAGAGCUUAAAAACAUACCCCGAACUACUAUCGACAUGGCUGCGAACGUUCAGGAUGCUAUCAUGCUUCUAGGAGAUUCGUUAACCCAGGGAGGCUGGGAACCCAAUGCUUUUGCUCAGCGAUUAUCCUAUGUCUACGCCCGUAAACUGGACGUCAUUAAUCGUGGGUUCGGUGGCUACCAGACCGAUUGGGCUAUCCCUGUUUUUGAACAGGUAUUCGCAAAGCAGCAUGAGCAACAGCACGUCCCCAAAGUUCGCAUUCUCACCAUCUGGUAUGGUGCCAACGAUGCUUCACCUGCUCCCAGUCCCCAACACGUCCCUCGGGACAGAUUCAAAGCCAAUCUCAGUCACCUGGUCCAGAUGGUUACGUCGCCUACAUCGGCGCACUACUCUCCGGAUACUCGCAUUAUUCUUAUUACACCCCCGCCUGUGAACACUUAUCAGUGGGACAGCCGCGUGUUUGACGUGACUAAAUCGUAUGCGGAGGCCGUUAAGGAAGUCGGGCUGAAGGAAGAGUUGCCUGUUGCUGAUAUCUGGACGUCUAUUUGGGAAGCCGCCGGGAAGGAUGAAAAAUCAUUGUCGAAAUAUUUGUCCGACGGCCUCCAUCUUACCGCUGAAGGCUACGACAUCGUUUUCACCUCGCUGAUCAAGAUCAUCGGUGAAAAAUACCCUGAAGUGCACUAUGACAAGUUGCAAAACGUGUUCCUGCCGUGGGAUAGCGUUGAUUUUGCGAAUCCCCGUUCGACGCUUGGGAAGAGAGAUGCGAUGCUGGCGUGACUGGUUUGAAAUACGUGAAGUUGUAGUGACUAAGAAUGUUAUGUACCGAAGUAACCUGUAAGACUAGUGGAAUGUUGAGUGGAAUUGUGG